AUGCGGACAUGGGUGGUGUGCCUGCUGUUGGGGCUUGUGUGCCUUAUCGCAAUCUCCAUCGCCACCCUUGUGCUACAGCUCCCGCCCGAACUCCUGGCUAGCCCCGGACCCGAAAAGGACUCGGGCCAAGACGGCCCGCCUUUGGUACCACAGAAACGAAAGGGAGAACUCACCAUCAUCGGACCUGUCAAUGACGUGUCCGACACUUCCGACGACGGGGACAGGUACAUUGCAGCGGGGAGGCCACAGUCGCUACUUGCACCACAGGACCCGCUACCGGACGCCUACUUGGUUCCAUCGACGGGCAAUUCCCCAGACACGCCCAGUCGAGGGAGUGGCAACAAUGACUUGGAGACAAACGUAGACGUGCUUAGCGCAACAGAUAUUAGCAUCGCGGUCGAAGCAGAAACAACAACGCCCGCUACAGUUACAUCACCGCCACUGUUGCUCGAGACCACGGAAGACGGCCGGCCACUCGUCAAUACUACCACCGGCAUGGUGGCGGGCUUCAAAACAGAGGUUCUAGGCCGCAAGCUUGAUGUUUUUCUUGGUAUACCCUUCGCUACGCCGCCGCUAGGAGAGCUCAGGUUCAAAAAACCGCUGCCGGUGAAACCAUGGGAGAACGUUCUGGACGCAAAGGAGAUGGGCCCUCCAUGCUACCACAUAUCGUUCGCAUCCAGCUGGAAUUGGGCUGCAAGCAAAAAGCCCGAAAGCGAAGACUGCUUGCACUUGAACGUGUGGACUCCGAAUAGACACAAUGCGACGAAGGCCUCUUCGCAACUGAGACCCAUGCUCGUCUUCAUUUACGGUGGAGGUUUCAACAUUGGUGCCACCGACUGGGAAUUCUACGAUGGCGGUGUCCUUGCAGCUUACGGUGACGUUGUGGUGGCAUCAAUGAACUACCGUCUUGGAGCAUUGGGCUUCCUCAACGCGGAUAUCGAGGACAUCCCAGGUAACAUGGGACUGUAUGACCAGAACCUGGCUUUACGCUGGCUACACGAGAAUGCCAGAUCCUUCGGUGCCAACCCCGAUCAUUUGGUGCUAAUGGGCGAAAGCGCCGGCGCCGUGUCAGCGGGCCUGCACCUUAUUUCCCCCAUGAGCCGCAACAUGGUGAAGCGCGUCAUCCUGCAGAGCGGCAGCCCGCUGUGGGACACGCCCGACAACACGGCCGAUGGAGUUAAGAAGGCGACGGAGUUCGCCGAGAUCUUCAAGUGCUCGAACGCCACGCACAACUUCCAGGAUGAGGCCACUGCCGCCGACGUAGUUCGUUGCCUGCGCAGUAUCGAAGCGGACGCGCUCUUUCGCACGGCCGAAAAAGCUCUGGGCAAGCGUGUGCUCACGUACCACCCACGGCACGGAGAUGACUUCAUGCCAAUGAACGCGCACGAGGCUCUCAAGAAGGGACUCUUCAAGGACUCAGACGUGCUUCUAGGCGUGAACAAGGACGAAGGCAGUAUCUUCGUGGCAAACACACUUCCUUACAUCUUUCUCAACGGCCUCGCGCCGAACAUCACCAAAGACGAGGCGGCGUUCUACCUCAUCUUCUUUUUUCAGUACAUCAUACGGACAGGUACUCGCAACAUCAGGGACCACUACUUUAAAAACAUCAAGGACCGGGACUAUCCGAGCGUUCGGAACGCGUUCAUUGAGGCCAUUGGCGAUUAUCUUCAAAUUUGCCCGACCAUCUAUUACGGCGAGGUGUAUUCGGAGUUUAACAACAGCGUCUACUUUUAUCACUUCUUGCAUCGGCCCAGCAACAGCUAUUGGCCGGAGUGGCUGGGUACGGCUCAUUUCGAUGAGGUGGAGUUUGUGUUUGGUGUUCCGCUCAGGUUCCCCAAGCAGUUUACAGAAGAGGAGGUGCAGUUCUCGCGUCACAUUAUGGAUAUCUGGAUGACCUUCACCAAAACGGGCAAACCACCAGCCAUGGACGGCACGCCAUGGCCUCGCUACUCGGAGCUCAAUCCAGUGCACAUGGAGCUGAGUCCGAAGCGGUUCCGGAUUGGCAAAGGACUGCACGCCGACCACUGUCGGUUCUGGAAGAAGUUCAUUCUCAAGUGA